CGCACGCGCGUACGCACGCACAGAACCGCACUGAACGGGCGGGCGGCAGGGAGCGACGCUGCAAUACCUCAUCCCAGCCCCGGCAGGUGGGGCGGCGCUAGACCUCGCCCACAGUGUCCGACCCAGAUCCUCCUCUUAGUUUCUCUCGGUGGCGGCAGUGUCUCUCGGAGCGUGCCGGGGCUGCGUGGAUCCAGGCUCUAGUCUCCAGCCGGUGGCGGCGGCAUGUGGCGGUCGGCAGUCGCUGCGCUCCGAGGUCUGUCGGGCUUCGGCCGGCAGCCCCUCCGGGCCGUCUCCUCGUCCCCCAUCGACGCCCAGAAGGGGGUGACGUUGAGCGUGACUCCCCCAGUGGGCCUGGCCGAUGAGCCGGUGCACAUCCAGGUGCAGGGUUUGAGCCCGGGAGAGCCUGUGACCGUGCGGGCGCUGGCCGUGAGCUACCACGGCCGCCUCUUCCAGUCGAGCGCUCACUACGAGGCCGACGGCCUCGGGGCGCUGGACCUAACCAAGGACCCCUCCCAGGGUGGCGACUACACGGGCGUGGAGCCCAUGGGACUGAUGUGGAGUCUGUCCCCAGCGGGCAUGGAGAACCCCUACAUCCGGAUGGUGCAGCGCAGCGUGCUCAAGAAGCCCCUCAAGCUUGAAGUGACGGUCCACCAGGCGCAUAACCAGACCGGGCUGCUGUUGGGCCAGGUGCUGGCUUCGGCCAGGGUGGAGCGCUGGUAUGCCACCCCCGAAAUCCGGGCCAUCCGGGUCCGCGAGGGCAUGGUCCGAGGGUCCUUCUUCAUGCCCCCAGGGGAUGGUCCAUUUCCUGGUGUGAUUGACAUGUUUGGUGAUGAAGGAGGACUACAUGAAUUUCGGGCUAGCCUUCUUGCUUGUCGAGGCUUUGCUACCCUAGCUUUGCCAUAUUUUGCCUUUGAAGAUCUGCCCCCCAUCAUGAAAGACUUAAAUCUUGACUACUUUGCUCAGGCAGCUAAAUUUGUGCAGAAUCACCCAAAGGUCAAAGGUCCCAAGAUUGGAGUGAUUGGAUCAGGCAAAGGAGCAGAACUGGCCUUUUCAAUGGCUACCUUCCUCCCAGAUGUGGCUGCUGUGGCAAAAGCAACAACAAUUAAAGAAGCCCUAGCCAGAUGGGAAGAAAAAUCAGGUCAGAAGCCAUCAGAAGCCAAAGAAGUAAAACUUUAUGCCCAGAUUCCCCCAGUAGAGAAGAUGGAUGCAUCCUUGUCCAUGCUUGCUAAUUGCGAGAAGCUUUCGCUGUCUACAAACUGCAUUGAAAAAAUUGCCAAUCUGAAUGGCUUAAAAAACUUGCGGAUCUUGUCACUGGGAAGGAAUAACAUAAAGAACUUAAAUGGAUUGGAGGCUGUUGGGGACACGUUAGAGGAGCUGUGGAUAUCUUAUAAUUACAUUGAGAAGCUGAAAGGGAUCCAUGUUAUGAAGCGACUGAAGAUCCUCUAUAUGUCUAAUAAUCUAGUGAAAGACUGGGCGGAAUUUGUAAAGCUGGCUGAAUUACUAUGCCUAGAAGAACUGGUGUUUGUGGGUAAUCCUCUGGAAGAGAAAUCUUCCUCUGAGGGCAAUUGGAUUGACGAAGCAACCAAACGAGUGCCCAAGCUGAAGAAGCUAGAUGGAAUUCCGGUAAUUAAACAAGAAGAAGAAGAAGAGGGCUAAUGCCACAUUUCUACUCUUUUUUAAUUUAUGAUAUUUAAGUAAGAACAUUAGAUAUGGCUUUGUGAAAUUGUCUGUUUUAAAGAGUAUAUUGAGGGAAAAACUAUUUUUUCAACGUUUUACAAAUUCCUUGUCAUUGUUCUUCCUUUUUUACCCCUUCUAAAGAGUGAGUUAAAACAAUGGUGACAGCAACUUUCCAUAUAAGGUAACAGGCCUCCUAUUUUGUAAUUAUAGAAAUUGCUGAGAGCAGUAUUCAGCCUUUAGUCAUAACGGCGUAUCCCAGGCUAAUAAAAUGUUUGUGAAAUAGUCAUUUUUUUUCUAGUUAGAAGCAUAUUUUUCAGGUCCCCUCAACUUAAGUAUUUUAAUGAUUUAUAACAACAAAGGAACAAGUUUUAGUUCUUUGUUCAAUUUAUUUCAAUACCACUUAGUUUUCAAAAUAUAUGUGGCUUCAAGAUAAAAGUUUCAGACCCACAUAUUUGGACCUUUACCAUCUUCCUUCCCGUCUGGCCACACCUUUUCUUGAUUUUCUUAGUCACUUUGGUUGAAAAAGACAACACAUGGCAUGAAAUGACCUUCUGUCACCAGCAAGACUCAGAAUCAGCCGAGCAAAGAUCAAUUGGAACAACUAGGAGCAAGAGAAAAAAUUCAAAUCCAAGGAGGAUAUUCCCUAUUCCAUAUCGUGAAAAAAUGAGUACAUGUUAACUGGAAUUUAGGUCAUCUUUUCCUUGUGGCCACUGAAUCAGAUUAUGGCCUGCUCAGUCCAGUGACUGCAAUUAUCUUGAUUGUCUGUAUGAUUCCUGGGACUGAAUCAGUCAUGGUAUGUUUGGUAUCUGUUGUGAAGAUGACUGUAAUGAUCACUCUUUGUGCUCUCAUUUGGUUAUUUUGCACACGUAAAUCUGGCCCUGGGCACAUGGUUAAGGGCAUAUUAAAAAUUAUAAAGCAGUUUGCCUAGCCCAAACUGAUUGCUAGGCAACAUCACUGCAUAUUCACUUAGGUCUCUAUUUUAUUGAGGACAGUGAUUAUGGAGAGAAGAACAGAGACCGUAUCAAGAAUUGAAUCUAGCAACUUCUUGAUCCAAUGACAAUUUCUAUUUUUAGGUUCAUUUUUGUUUCAGAAGCACCAAUUCAGAUAGCUAAUAGGAUGGGUUAAGUCCAAAUUGGAGGAAGAGAGAAGAAAAAUAUUUUCAUAUGGGUGUACAGGCAAAUGGCAACAUCCUUUAGAAUAAUUUCAGGUAACAUUGUAAUAUACUUAAACUCUGAAAUCAUGAGGUAACAAGAAGACACAGAAUUUGAGAAUAUUGUUUAACAAAUAAGCUUACAUUCCUUUCCUUUCUGGGAAACGUAAAGUGCUAGCUAGCCCAGUGAGUGCCUGAGGGGAGUUUUGCAAAGAGAAAUGGCUGGUUCACUCACAUAGAGCCAGAAGAAGGAGGUCAGGAACCGUCAGCUAUAUUGUUCUAGAUAUUCCUAAGUGAGGAACCACUAAUAAAUUCAUGGUUAAAGGAGAAAAAAGUAAGUUAAUGAUUUCAAGAAGUGAUUCAGAAAAAUAGCUCCUGGCCUCAGAAGUAUGGUGUUCUUACCAAGAUGGGAAACCCUUGAUUUCCUUGAGUAUACAAACUUAUUAGGAAGGUGUUAUUGCAUUGACAAUCAGUUUCUGGUGAUGAAAGAAAACAAUUGGCACAGCAAUAAAAUUUGGAACUUUUUAGUCAUUCUUUACAGUUACAUAUUAAUUUAGGAAACCUUGCCCAAUCUUAAGAAUCCAAAGCCUGUGGAUAAUCAGGAUCAUAAUUGAAAGAACCUGCGUUGUACUUUGGCAGUGGUUAGUAAUUCAUUCUGUUGUCCUGGCUGAAUCAAAAUCCUUAGACUGAGCAGAAGUUUUCUGUGUUCUCUUCCUCCAAAAGUCACUGUUGAAGUGAAUGAAUGACUCACAACAGGAUUGGCCCAGUUGAGUACUUGUCACAUGGCUUAACAAUUGUUUUUGGUGCCUGUUUUUCUUACCCUUGGUUUGACCUUUUUAAAUUAGAAGGGAACUUGACCUUGGGAAUCACAUGUCGUUUUCAGAGAAAUAGAAGGUGGUGAUUACUGGUGAUUUCACCCAAUAUUCAUAUUUAUGUCAACUCAACAGAUAUUUAUUGAGUGCUUACUCUGGUGCUUUGCACUAUUCUUUCCAUGGGACUGAAUCCGAUCUUAGCCAUUAGGGAAGGAAACACAGGGAUCCAGAAGGUGUUCAGAAUCUCACUUCCUCUAUUAAGACCCUAAAUUUAACUAAUGCUUUAUGCCUUAAGCAUAUUGCUUCUAGGAAAGAUGUUUGGCCUAGUUUAAAUGUGUAGUCUCUGUGCUCCUAGGUUAUGCAUAAUCAUACAUACACAUAUGUUUUGUGCAACUAUAUUUCAGGUGGCUAACUUCAUUUUCCUGAAUCUCUUUUCCCUUCUAAUGGUAAAUUUGUACAAUUGAUCAGCUCUUUUAAUUGUUCAGAAGAGCUUCUGUUGUAGUCAUGCAAAGAAUUCAACUUUUCUGUGUUAUCUCAUAUUGAUAUAGUUGUGACUGUACAUUUUGACACAAUUCUCUAGUCAUCUGCUGCCAGUCUUCAUUUGGUGUUCUUGAUGUUUGUGUGGGGAAUGGUCAGAAAAGGCAUACAAAUAUUAUACCUAUUUUGCCUUUUUUUUGGUAAUUUUGUUUUUAUUUUAUCUCCCAGCUUUUCCUAGAAGUGUCUCAUUUAGCUGUUCUUACCAUUUUUACCUUUAACACAACUCUCCUAAGGUAGGCAUUGAUUUUCACCUUCUCUCUUUCUUUGAGGGGUAGGAAAUGGCCACACCUCUCUUAAUCAGUUUCUAAAGUCGAACAUUUUGAGUGCAUUUUAAAAAUUGAAUCCAUUUUGUAGUCAAAUUUUACACAAGAUUCAGAGAUUUUAUACAUCACUAAUAAAAAUUUUACAGAUUAUUUUAUAAAACUUGGGAACUGCACGUUAAGAGUUGGAUAAUAUAGACAGACAUUCAUAUAAAUGUUUCCCUUAGUAACUUACUUUUUUAAAAGUGCUUUACAGUUUACAAAGGGUAAAUACUCCUUACAACCGACCUCUGUGGCAAUUCAAAUCUAGUUUGAAGUGAUCUGAAGAUGUGGUUCGUUUUGUGAGAAUCACUUGGUCUUGGCACUGUUUCUAGCUCUGUUCAAAAAAAUCUUUUUAAAUUACUAUUUAAGUUGGCAUUAAUUCACUUCCUUUGAGAUUACAUGCCAGGAACUGAGUAGAGGGGAAUUAUACUUCCCCUUUCAGCUUCUGCUGGAGAAUUGAAGUACAUAAGCAGAGAUGCUAUAAAGAGCUUAGAUAGAUGCUUUUCCAUGGGGAAAGAGAGCUUUCGAUUUGAUAGUAUGAAACAGAAUGAUAUGGAGGGAUGAGAAGUGAGGUUUUAGGGGUUCUCAAGUCCCUUUGAAGGAUUUGUUCUCAGUAUUAAUUCCUGUGCUGUGGAAAUAGAUUUUAAGGUCAAUUUAGCUCUGGGGUUUACUAACCUGGAAGGACUAAAUAGAAAGUGAGUGUGUAGAGAGGGAGGGUUUGAUCAUUCACUAAAAGACUGAAACAAUAUCAAAGGUAUUGUUACUCGUUGGAUAAGCCUGUUGUGCGGCUAAGAGUUUCAGUCAGAAACUUGAUAUUAGCUCAAGUAUUUGUAAAGGCACAUUGUUAAGAAUCGUUGUCACAGUUAUUCUUUGCUAGGGUUCCUAUUCAUUUAACACAGUCUUUUCUUAUUUGGAAGUUGUUCAUGCAUCUCUAGCGUUCUGAAGGCUAAAACAAAAUUGGACUGUGUGGCACAGAGUUGGUGCUCCUGACACAUUUGAACCCAUUUUCUACCCCCAGCUCUAGUAUUUCAUAGGCUUUUCUUCUUGUAAAGCAGUAAGACUAGGUACAAUAAAAAAGGCCAAUACCUGAAAUCUUUUCUAACUUUAUAUGAGGUUCUAAUUUGCAAAUUCACUGGUGCCUUCUCAUGAACUACAAAGUAAAUAAAAGUAAACUGAGUCCUACCUUUGACCUGACACAAGUCAUUGCCUAACAUGGUUUACUUGACUGUUGUGAGAAAGUCCAACCAGAGUUUUAGUUCAUUUUGUAGGUGGAGGAGGCCAGAGGGAAGCCAACCAGCUGAAUUUUGUUAUAUAGCACAUUGGGGGGGGGGGGGGGGAGGCGGGAGAGACUUACUAUUUGGGGGGAAAUUUGCACUUUAAAAUGAUGCACUGGAUGUUGAUAGAAAGUACUUCCAAAGGGUAGCUGGUAUUGUAUUAAUUUAGCCUGCACAACAGCGUCUUUGAAUGAGACCUCGCAUAAGCUAUGUCUAGUGAACCUGGCCUAAGCAUAUAUUUCUAGUAGCUUCCUUAAGAACACCAGUCAUAGUAAGGAUUUCCUUAGUUACUUGUGCAGUCUUCCAUUUCUGCUGCAUCCAUGGUGAUGAGUCAGUGUGCUACGUCACACUGGAGUCCCUCCCAUGUACAAUGCCGAAACCAUGUAGAAUCCUGAACAGAAGCUUUGUGAAUUAUUGUUCCCUCAUCCAGAGAUAUAUACACAUAUAUAUUUUAUUAAUUUAGAUGUUGCCUAAACAGAGUUGUGGCAAAUAGUGUGGGGGCAGGUGCCUACCCCUGGGGUGCUAUUGCUCAAAGAGAUUCAUUCCAUCAAAAUACUGAUGGGCAGUAGCUGAAGAGAAUGAGCCCAUUGACUAGGGUCAUUCUGGAAUCUUUGGCUUCUAGAACUGGCUCUAAUUAAGAGGGUAUUUGAACAUCUACUUUGGUAAUCUUUUAUACAUAGAAGUUUUGUAGCAUGACUAUGGCUAAGCAUAUUGUCUCUUAAAUUAUUUAGACCUAUUUGGUUUCUAAAUGUUAUUUUGUGGAACUUGUUUUAAAAUAGUAAUAAAUGGUGUUAUUUUAUAAAAAAAAA